UCUAUGGUGAAGAUGAGUCUGGACCCCGUACAGGUGAUGAGUGGACAGGUCAAGGAGCUCAAAGUUUCCCCGUCCUCCAACGGGGACAGCAGAGGAUCAUGGGAAGUGAAAGAAGAGUUUGAUCAAGACCACCUGGGCCUCACCACCAAGCCAAAGCCAGUGACAGCAAGACGAGCCCGGAAGGUGGAGGGAGGCGUGUUCUUCCCUAAGCCAGAAAAUGCAGUGACCAUUGCUGUUUCAUCUCGGGUGCUGUUUCGAACUGAGCGGGAGCAGAAGGUGUUCGAGCAGCAAGGCGUUGAAGAGUAUUUGAGAUACCAAAUCGAACAUGAGAAUGAACCCUUUGCCCCCGGACCCGCUUUCCCCUUCGUCAAGGCUCUGGAGGCAGUCAACAAUCGUCUGCGGGAGCUGUAUCCACAAAGUGAAGAACUGUUUGACAUUGUUUUGGUGACGUACAACCAUGCACAUGUAGGCAUCCGGCUCAUCAACACCAUCAACCAUCACAACCUGUUCAUUGAGAGGUUUUGUAUGACAGGGGGAAGCAGUCCUAUUGGCUACCUGAAGGCCUGGCAGACUAACCUUUACCUGUCUGCAGACGCUGAAAAGGUCAGAGAGGCGCUGGCUGAAGGCAUUGCAGCAGCCACAAUGUUCAUGACAGAAAAACUGACGGAGGUAUCAGAGACUCAGCUGAGGGUGGCGUUCGACGGUGAUGCCGUUCUCUUCUCUGAUGAGUCCGAGCGCAUCUUCAAGGCCCAUGGGCUGGACAAGUUCUUUGAACACGAGAGAGCGCACGAAGACACACUACUGGAUCAUGGUCCCCUGAAGGGCUUCCUGGAGGCACUUGGGAAGCUCCAGAAAAAGUUUUAUGCGAAAGGCCAGCGUCUGAAUUGUCCGAUUCGGACCUACUUGGUCACAGCUCGUAGUGCAGCCAGCUCUGGGAUUCGGGCGCUGAAGACACUCAGGGCCUGGGGGUUGGAGAUCGACGAGGCCUUGUUCCUGGCAGGGGCACCAAAGGGUCCCAUGCUUGAGAAGAUAAGGCCUCACAUCUACUUUGAUGAUCAGAUGUUUCAUGUGGAGGGAGCAGCAGAAAUGGGCACCGUUGCUGCACAUGUGCCCUACGGCAUUGCACAGAAAAAUAACCCCAGAAAGAGCAGUAGUGUGGGGAAGUAG